AUUACAUAAGAAAAUUAAACUAGGUUGUUUCUUUCUUCAAUCCACACACAGACAGAACGAAGCUUCUGACUGUACUUUUCUUCUUUCACAGUGUCAUUCUAUAUUGAGUUUUCCAUUGAAGGAUAUUCUUAGUUUCGAUAAAGAAUUUCAGAAUAUUCAGUUAGUUGAAGAUUUCCCUUUUCUGUAUUUAGUUUGUUUGCUGUCAAAGACUCAAACUUUCCUUGCUUUUGGUUUCGAGAGAGUUAAAAGAAGCGUUUUUUUAAACUUUGUGCACACCAAACUUUCUAUGCGUUUGACUAAUUGGUGGGGUGGCACUGUUUGGUCAAAAAGUCAGUUACCAUUAAAAACCCUUUUACCGUUUGGUUGUUGUUUUUUUCGCCUUCACACCACUCGUUUUCUAAUGAUUUUGGUUUCUGGGUUUUGAGCUUUGAGGGUUUUGAGUUAUUGGUUUCAUUUGUUUUUUGAGAUUUUGGAUUGUGGGAACUGGUUUUCAAGGGUUUUAGAGUAGUGGGGUUUUGUGUUUUGAUUGUGUUCGAUCAUAUGUUUGUGUUAAUCUGUUUUUUUUAUUGAAUUUGAGGAUUUUUUUGGGGGUAGUUACUUACUAGGCCAGUAAAAGUGCUGAUUUUGAGUUUCAAUUGGUGGAAAUGGGGAAUAAUGGGGUUGAUCAAUCAGUGAAACAUUUGGAAGAAGGUGUUAGUAGUAAACAGCCAUGUGAUGAUGAUAUUGAGAAGAUUGGUAGUGUUGGUGAAUUGGUAAAUAGAGAUGAUAAGAACAGUGGACAUGAACAAUUGGGUACAAGUAUUGCAGGUAAUCAAAGAGCGAAUUCGGGCCGGAGGUCUCCUUUACUAGAGAUUUCUCGGUCAAAGGAGUUGUAUAUCAGCCAUUCACCUAAGAAAGGCUUGGAUCAUUCCAGCACCGCUCCUAUUGAACACCAUAGAAGUCUAAGUCUAAUGAAUGAUGAUUAUGGGAUUACAUUUUCUCGGUCCAUGACUGAAAAGCUAGAUAGACUUUCUGAGAGGGAAAAGCAACAACUUAUAGUGAAUCUAGUGAAGAUCCAGAAUGAUGGAACUGUAGAAGUCGAUUUAGAUAAAAGUACACCUGUUGCUUCUGAGUGGUUAGAGCGUCACAAUAUUGAACCGCCUAUUACUCUUCAUGAUAAGACUUCUGGGUCCUGUAAAUCGAUUCCAAGGUUGAAAAUUGUCAUACUUGUGGUUGGAACAAGAGGAGAUGUACAACCGUUCUUGGCUAUGGCAAAGAGACUUCAAGAGUUUGGUCAUCAUGUUAGGUUGGCAACUCAUACUAACUUCAGAACUUUUGUAAAAUCGGCAGGCGUAGACUUUUAUCCUUUGGGUGGUGAUCCUCGAAUUUUGGCAGGAUAUAUGGCAAGAAACAAAGGUCUCAUCCCAUCUGGACCGAAAGAAAUAUUGAUUCAAAGGAAGCAACUGAAGGCAAUUAUAGAAUCUCUUCUUCCCGCAUGUACAGAACCAGAUUUGGAAACUGGUGUUCCAUUUAAAGCCCAGGCAAUAAUUGCAAACCCUCCUGCUUAUGGACAUGCACAUGUUGCUGAAGCUCUCGGUGUGCCUCUUCACAUCUUCUUCACAAUGCCUUGGACGCCAACGUAUGAAUUUCCUCAUCCACUAGCUCGUGUACCUCAGAGUGCUGGCUACUGGCUUUCGUAUAUUGUUGUGGAUUUACUAAUAUGGUGGAGCAUUAGGGGAUACAUUAAUGACUUCAGAAAAAGAAAGUUGAAGCUUGCUCCAAUUGCCUACUUUAGUACUUACCAUGGAUCAAUAUCCCAUUUGCCAACAGGCUAUAUGUGGAGUCCCCACGUUGUACCGAAGCCUAGUGACUGGGGAUCUUUAGUUGAUGUCGUCGGAUAUUGUUUUUUGAAUCUUGGGUCGAAGUAUCAACCACCAGAGAAGUUUGUCCAGUGGAUUAAAAAGGGGCCCAAACCUGUAUAUAUUGGGUUUGGAAGUAUGCCUCUGGACGAUUCUCUUCAAACAACGGAUAUCAUAUUGGAGGCAUUGAAGGACACAGGACAGAGAGGCAUUAUCGAUCGUGGUUGGGGGGAUCUUGGCAAUUUAAAAGAUGUUCCGGUUGAUGUUUACCGUUUGGAGGAUUGCCCUCAUGAUUGGCUGUUUCCUCAAUGUUCAGCAGUGGUUCAUCAUGGCGGUGCAGGGACCACAGCUACAGGUCUAAAAGCCGGGUGUCCAACCACCAUAGUCCCAUUUUUUGGAGAUCAAUUCUUUUGGGGUGAUAGGAUACAUCAAAAAGGAUUGGGGCCUGCACCUAUACCGAUAUCUCAGCUCAAUGUCGAGAACCUUUCGAAUGCUAUUCGGUUUAUGCUCCAGCCAGAGAUUAAAGCUCAGGCACUAGAGCUAGCAAAGCUGUUAGAGAAUGAAGAUGGUGUUGCAGCUGCGGUCGAUGCAUUUCAUCGACAUUUACCACCCGAGUUACCAAUACCGUCUUCAUCAUCAGACGACGAGGAAUAUCCCAACCCUUUGGAUUGGCUCUUCGCUAAAAUUGGAAAGUUGUGCUGCCGACCAUGUGGUGGUUCGGGUUCGUAGGGUUACUCCAUGCAUGUCAUGGUUGUACAUUAGUUUUCUUUUUUUUAUUUUCCCUUUGAUUUAUUUAUUUAUUUAUUAUCAUUUUGAUCUCGUAUUUCAUUCAUUCUAUUAGGGGGCCUUUCAUGUUUGUGGUUGGUAGGUUUUUUUUUAGCAUUUACAUUUUUCUCUUUUUACUCAAAAAAUAAAUGAAUUAGGUUGCAUAGAACUAUAGUGCAUUUUUUUAUUGAAGAAAACAUAGUGAAUUGUUUCAAAUAAAUAUUUGGAUUAAUAAUUAUCAUUACAUUUUCUUUGUAAUGAUUUAUGGCU